AUUGAUUUUUCCCAUGCAUCUUUGGAUUAGUUUUAUGUAAUACUAGUAUUUAACCUAUAAUUGUGUUUAAUUUAAAACAUCAAUUGUUGAUUAAAGAAAAUAACAACUACCAAGUACAAAUAGUGAAUUCCGUAAAUACAAUAUUCAUUGUCCAUGUUGUCAUAGAUGGCUGGCUACCUUUUAGUAUAAAUAGAGACCAAAUUCUCACUCAUCAGUCAUCACAUCAUUCUCAAGUCAGAGACCAAACUCGUUACAAAAUAGAAUAAAAAUCCCCCCCCCCCCCAAAAAAAAGUCACAAUGGGAUCCUUGGCUGAAACACAGAUCACUCCUGCUAAAGUCUCCGACGAAGAGGCCAACCUCUUUGCCAUGCAGCUAGCUGGCGCCAGCGUGCUUCCUAUGGUUUUGACAUCGGCUUUGGAGCUAGACCUGCUCGAGAUCAUAUCCAAAAAUGUCCCUCUCCCUGGCGGUCAACUGUCCCCGACAGAAAUAUCUUCCCAUCUAUCGACCGAGAACCCUGAUGCUCCAGUCAUGGUUGACCGGAUCCUCAGGUUGCUUGCGGCUUACUCCAUCUUGACAUGCUCUGUCCGUAAACUUCCUGAUAGUGUUGUGGAGCGUCUCUACGGACUUGGACCGGUGUGCAAGUACCUUGUUAAGAAUGAAGAUGGAGUCUCACUAGCUGCACUUUGUCAUUUGAACAGACACAGAGUCUUCAUGGAGAGCUGGUACCAUUUGAAAGAUGCAGUUCUUGAAGGUGGGAUUCCAUUCAACAAGGCAUUUGGUAUGGACGCUUUUGAGUACCAAGGGUCCGACCCGAGAUUCAACAAAGUAUUCAACAAUGGAAUGUCCAACCACACCACCAUUGUAAUGACCAAGAUUCUAGAGACCUACAAAGGCUUUGAGGGAUUGUCUUCGCUGGUGGAUGUUGGUGGUGGCAUUGGAGUCACUCUCCGUAUGAUUGUUUCCAAACACCCACACAUCAAAGGCAUCCUUUAUGAUCUCCCUCAUGUCAUUGAGGAAGCUGUUUCUUACCCUGGCAUUGAACAUAUUGGGGGAGAUAUGUUUGUGAAUGUCCCUAAAGCAGAUGGCAUCUUCAUGAAGUGGAUAUGUCAUGAUUGGAGCGACCAACACUGUUUGCAAUUUCUCAAGAACUGCUAUGAUGCACUCCCUGACAACGGGAAGGUGAUAGUGGCGGAAUCUAUACUUCCGGUGCUGCCAGACUCGAGCCUCAUGACAAAAGAAGUUGUACACAUGGACUGCCUCAUGUUGGCUCACAACCCCGGAGGCAAAGAACGGACCGAGAAGGAGUUUGAGGCUUUGGCCAAAGGUUCCGGCUUCCAGGGCUUCCAAGUUGUCUGCAGAGCCUAUGGCACUCACAUCAUGGAGUUCCUCAAGAAGAUAUAAACCCGAUAUGUACAAAACUACAUCUAUCCAUGGAACAUUGUAUCCUUCUCGUUUGUUUUGCUUCCAUCUAUUGUUCUACAACGUCUUCUUCUUCUGCAUAUAUCUUGUCUUGUCUCUCUGUCUUGUAAGGCCACUAAUAUCCUCGUUGUUUAAGUUGUUUUUGAUGUUGUUGGAAAA